AUGGAGAAGUGGGUCAAGCUGCCACUUCCUGACAGAAGCCAUCUCCUGCGUUGCAACUACUACCAAGACAAUAGCGUGAUUGCCCGAGAUGCUGAAGCAGUGAAGGAGACAGUGGAGUGGCACAUGUGUGGCUAUGCAAUUUGCUUUCAGAGGUUUUGUGAGAUUCUUGGAAGUAGUCAAAGAACAGUCCGCAGGCUGAUCAGUGGGCAGCCAGAUUUGAGAUUGUCUAAGUCGGGCUUUGGUAGCCAAUCCCGGGCGGCAGUGCAGACUGCCAAAUGUGACCAUUUUUUCCGGACACUCCAUGCGUCAGCUGCUGAGCCAAUGCCAGAGGAGGCCCAAAUGUACCCCAAGGCAAAACAACUGGGCAGUCAUUCAGGAGUUCAGGUGUCCAGGAGUUCAGGGGUUCAGAAGAGAGACAUGACCAGCAUUGAUGCAUGGGAGCAUUGGAGCUAUGACUGGCUCAGCAUGCCUCCAGCAGAUGUUCAAGCAGCAGAGAAGGCUCACUGUGGCACCUUGGGCUUGCCUAUAAGAUACAUUCAACAUCAAAGGUUGAUUGAUCUAUACUGGCAGUUUACAGCUGAAUGGGACAUUCAUGUUGAGAGAAAUCCAGGAGAUGGUGAGUGCCCUGCUUUCCAGACAUUUGCGAAGCGCUAUUACAGCCACUGGCGCUAUGUGCUGGUCAUGAGAAAGAUUUCUCAGCAUGGUCAAUGCAAAACCUGCUUUGACUUUCAUUCUGUGCUCAGGAGCCCAAAAGCUGAUUGGAGCACCAAGGCUAUACUGAUUGGCCUUCGCAAGUGGCAGACUCCAGAUGCCAUGCUUGGUCACAUCAAGGCAAAACUGGAACCAAGGGAUAUUUGGAACUGCUUCAAGCCUCGUGCUGGCAUUCCCACCCCUCAUUGCUUCAUGUGCAUGAAGGGCAAGAAUCUGCCAAGAAAGUAUGCAGUGAUGCUUGAGGAGCCAAAAGAGGAUGAGGCAGUCUACUGUUGCGUCAAAGGCUUUGUCCGUGACACUUGCUUGUUGCAGCCGCCUGUUUACCUUUCACCACCUGGACGACAUACUGCCAUUCGAGAAAGCCAGCCUGGCCAGCUCAUUGGCAAGAAAGAAAUGUCUGAGAGUGAGAUCCAGAGCUACAUCAAAUUAGCUCAGUUGUGCAAAACCAAGUUUGACAUGCCAGAAGCUGCGGAUGAGAAGUUGAAUCAGUGGUAUGGCAAGAUCUUUGCACAGCUGCAAGCUGACAUGAGUGACAGCAGUCUUGCUUCAGUGCAUGAGUGGAUGGAGAGAACUUUUCCAAACACAACUGCCAAGAACCAACUGAUGACAGAUUUUCCCAAUCUGGAGUCAGAAUGCCGAAAGAUUUUGGCAGCCCCAGACAAUGGAACAAUCACUUCUGAUGUUCCAGAAGUUCUGGUCCACAAUGAUGUGCCAGUCCGCUUCAAAAUCAGGUUGCACAACUUUGGCUUCUUGGAGGACUCACAGCUGAAGGGGCCAGUUCAGUCUUAUGCUGUGAGCCUUGGGUUGCAUGCAUGUUUGGCCAAGCAUGGGCAUGUCAAUAUCCAUGUUGCUAGCUUGUUCAGCAAGAUUCCAGGAUUGGUUCAGCUUAGGAGGGACAACAUCCAGAAGUUCAUGACCAAUCAGAAGGGCAACCAAACCAACAAAUACCCCCUGGAGAUCCUCUUUGACUAUGUUUGCAAGCUCAACCAGCAUCCAGUGAAGCCAGGUUCAGUGAUUCCGGCGUUCAGCAUCGCCAUGUUCAUUGGCAGCUCGACCAUCAUGUCAUCAUUCUUGCUGUGCAUCUAUGCUUGCAAGCUCAAGAUUAUUGACGCAGUGAAGGGCGACCUAAAGCUCGAGCGCGAGGUGGCUACAAGGUUGCUGAGUUGCUUGGUGAUUCACUGCACAGCUGUUACUGCCACCAAUCAUGAUCAGGCAAUGCUGAAUGCAUUUGCCCAGAAGCGGGAGGCUUUGACGACUCGAGAUGCGCAUCUCCGCAGCAUCAUGGUGGAGCAGAACAAGUUGAGUGUCACUAAAGCCAAGAUCCACAGCAAUGAGAUGACAGCGAUCCUUUUGCUAGAUUCAGCUGGUCCAGGUUUUCAGAAGAUCAUUGCCAAGGCUCACAUGGCUGACCAGCCGCAGGACACUGCCUUUCCCCUCUCGCUCUUGAACAAAGACUUCCUGAAGAAGGAGGAUAACCCCCUGUGGCAUGCCAUCCAUGAGCACAGCUGGGACAAAGUCACUACUUGGGCUCAGCGUGUUUCAGGAAAAUGGGAUCACCGCAUGCAGCAAGCCCUGAAAGCUGGCCAGGCGUUGAGCUACAAGAAUGGUGCAGUGGCCGCCGACAUGCGUGACAGCGGCAAAGAGUUGAAUGUGUGGUACAUGGCACAAGCCAUGUGUUACUUUGAUGACCAUUUCCAAAAAGCUCUGAAGCCAGACAGAUUUGACCAAGUCAAAUCAGAUUGGCUGGCUGGCAAGCUGGACACACAGAUUUUGCCAGCAGUCCUCGCCAAGAGAAAGGACUUCCAACCGCGCGACUUCCAGUUCGUCUUGCUGGAGCAACAGGAUGCCUUGUCUGGACUGAACUUCUUGAGUUUAGGCAGUUCAGAGAAGCAGGAAUCCCUCCAACGCUUGCACGAGCAACUGGGGCAAGAACAGAAAGCCUGGCGAGCCCACAUGGCAAAGGUCAAGGCGCAUGAGGACAGCUCCAUGGGUUCCUUCAACCGCCAAGUAUCUCGACAACAGGAGGCCUUGGAGGAGGCAUGGCAGGAGCAGAGCACAAAGUUCAUUCAGGUGUUCAGCUGUGCAGAUGUUGCUGGUGCAAUACUCCUGGUCAAUCAAGCAAAGGCCAUGAUUGCUGACGAGCAGCUGAAGGAUGCAAGUGGCAUCCCAUGUAUUUUUGAAUGGAACUUUCCAAAGGCUGGAGCAAGAGCCAGCAAACUGAUCCCAGCAGUGGCAAGCACCAUUGCAGUGUCAUGCAGUGAGAAUCCAAAGACAGUCAUCCAUGUUGUCAUUCCACCCUGCCAGCCAGUGUAUGGCAAGGGAGACUCUGCUGGAGAUGAACGAAUUGCCAGCAUCGAGGACCACGUGAACAAUUUGUGGCAGCAGCUCAACGAUCCAUCCCACCGUCUUUCUGUGCGCAAAGUCAAUGCACUGUGGAACUCAGAGACCUUUUACUCCUCCGACAGAGAGUUGGGUUUUGAGGUAUGGCUUGUCCUUGCAGAGUCGACCAGGGAUGUGAGCAAAAGCACCCGCUCCUACAACAAUGUCUUUGGCAAGAGCAGCCUUCUCAAGAGAGGUGCCUUCCCCUUCCUCCUCAAUGCGAUGGAAAGGAAAGAUUUUCAGAACUGGAAAGCCCCACUGGGGUUUGACCAGGGCAAAGUGGCCCAUGGACAGGACACAGCACAGUGGUUUUCAGGAGUUCAGGUGUUCUGUAGUUCAAUCACUGAGCUGUGCAAGGGGUCCAUUCUCCAGAAGGAUGAUUUCCUGCUGGUGGCCGACAUGCUGAUGUAUGACUCCGAGAAUGUCAUUGCAGAGAAUGUGAAAGAGGACCUGGCUUCAGUGGUCAAGGUGAAGAUCCGCAGCAAGAACUACCGCAUGCCCAGCACUGUAGCGAUCCCAGAGGUGGUGAAAUCAGAUGCUGCAGAUCCGGCACCCAAGUACAACCCUGAUGACUUCAAGCUGACUUACCCAAGAUCGAAUCUGCAGCUUCCCUUGCUCCAAAAGGUGGUCACGGAAGGGGAGUCGUUGCAGGUCAGCAUGCCUGACCCAGAGAAUCCUGCAGAGUUGCUGACUUUCCCAAAGCUGGUCAAGAUUCACAAUGAUGAGUUCAAUCCUUCAGGGCAGCCAUGGAACCCUGACCAAGGUCAAGGUGAAAAACGCAAGGCCGAGGGGGAGCCUGAGUGUGGUCCCAAAGUGGUGGUGGAAGCAGUUUCGCCUCCAGAUGGCUUGAUCCCUACAGGAGUGCAGGGUGCAGAUGGUGCCUUUCAGUUGUUUCUGGACCCCAAGGAAGCAAGCCUUUAUUUGCAUUGCGCCAAGGAUUCAGCAGUUGGUCCUGAUGAAAAGCCUUGGUUCUAUUGCAAAGGAUCUUUCAGAGCAGGCUCCCAGGCAGAUGCUGAAAUGAAGAAAGCAGGGGCGCAAUUCAUUGAUUCAGCUAUGACCAAAAGCACCAAGGUCCUUGUGCAACAGAUUGGUUCUGCAUUGGAAAUUCCACAACAGCCCACCCCAUUGGGGGCUGUGCUUGAAGCCUUUUCUAGCCUCCGCCAACCCGUUGGCCAAAUCUUCAAGCACAAGUGCACUGAUUCAGAGGUGAAGGCCACUGAAAGCAUUUGCUUUGUCUUGGAGAUCAAUACCAAGCCUGUGGCCCCCAACAAGCCCAUUGAGCCCAAUGUUUUGUCCACCUAUGUGGAGCUCUCCAAGCACAGUCACAUUGAGGCUGUUCAGAACUUGAAAUAUGAAGCCGAGCACCAGACCUUGAAGCAAGGCAUUCCAGCUGUUUUCCCGGCACACAGCUUCAACAUCGAGAAAGACAAGUACUACAAGUUGUGA